CUGACUGCACAAAGUAUUAAAUGUUUCCUGUGGUCUGUGUGUUACUUCCUAAUUCACACAUUGUUUGAGUUUCAUUCUCUCUUUUCUCACUCACUGUAAUGGAGUUGUUCAUCUUCAUUGCUUUUCAGCUUCUUAUAGAGGUUCAGUCUAACAGUUCACUUCAGAAACCCUUCAUCAGUGUUAGUGACGAUGGAGUCCAGAUCAACAUAGCCUGUGAAAUACCAGAUUCAGUCAGAGCUGAUUUCACCUGUAGUCUCUACACUGAGGAUGAUCUUCUGCACUCUCAGAGGAAACAGUCUGGAGAACGUCUUUGUAUGUUUUAUUUAACUCCUGGUGAACUUUUCACACGAUCAGUGAGCAGACAGCUGAGCUGUGAUUAUUCACUCAACACUGAACCUGAGAUCAGAUCACCGCGCAGUGACACACAAACCAUCAGAGGUCAAAACUCAUCUCAUCACUCUGAUCCAGUGACAGUACAAAGUUCAACAACAACCACCGCAGCACAAACUAAUACAACAAGCACUGCAGCACAUCCUACAACAACAACAAGCACAGCACAAACUACAACAACAACAAGCACAGCACAAACUACAACAACAAGCACAGCACAAACUACAACAACAACAACAAGCACAGCACAUCCUACAACAACAACAAGCACAGCACAAACUACAACAGCAACCACCGCAGCACAUCCUACUACAACAACAAGCACAGCACAUACUACUAGAACAGCCACGACAAGUAGGGUUUCCAGUGUUCACACUUCAACAGCUGGUCCUAAAGAUCAUCAACUCACACCACUACACAGAGAAACAUGGUUUAUAGUUCUGGUUUCCACUGGUGUUGGUGUCAUUCUGACUGGAUUCAUCUGUCUGUGUCGGUUUGCAAGUAAAAAAAGAAGAAAACACAAUAAAAUGAGAUCAAUAUCAUCAGAUGUGCCCAGUCAAGGAAUUGGUAUGAGUUCAGGACCUGCAGAGAUAUAUUCUCUGAUCACUUCUGUACCAGCCACAUCUCAGCCCAUGUCUGUGGGCCUCGAACACCCAGAUUCCCAUCAGGACAACACACCAGAUCCCACAGCGACUUCCUCUUUCAUUAUGGUUGAAAAUUCAAUUUACCAGCCCUCAGAAGAUUUGGUCAAUACUCAACAGAAACAGGGAAAUACAGAGGAAAAUGAGAAUGUUUACCACCUGUACUGCACGAUCCCUGACAAACCAGUUCAGUCAAACGCAGCAGAUCAAGUCUACAGUUUGGUGAAGAUGCACUGAUGAGUCUAAAGUCUUGUUUCAUUAUGUACAUUCAUUAUAAAUAAAAUAUCAUUACUUGCUUACAAA